UGGCUGCAGUAAGAAAAAGACACCACCAUUUCCUCGCAUUCGCACCACAGCACAGAGCCAUCCACAUCCACCCAGUCAGUCGUCGGACCAGCCAAAACAAAGAACUGCGUAAAAUCAAUUUUGUGCCAGUGAAAAACGGACAUUUCGGGUGAAAAUUCUCCGCUAAAGUCGUGAAAGUAGGUUCCAACGGUAGCGCAGACCCAGUGCCACAAUGCUCGACCUGGAGGUGGUUCCGGAACGGUCGCUCGGAUGCGAUAAUUGGGAGUUCAUUCUCGGCAUGCACUUUUCCCAAGCUGUAGCAAUCAUACAGUCUCAGGUGGGAAUCAUCAAGGGCGUGCAAGUGUUGUACUCCGAUACGACUCCUCUCAACGUCGACAUCAUCAUCAACCUGCCCCAGGAUGGCAUUCGUCUAAUCUUCGAUCCGGUUCAGCAGCGGCUGAAAGCGAUCGAAGUGUUCAACAUGAAGCUGGUCAAACUGAAGUACUACGGCCUUCCGUUCAACUCGCCCGAAGUGGUUCCCUCGAUCGAGGAGAUCGAGCAUUCCUUUGGCGCUACCCACCCGGGAGUGUACGACGCUUCCAAGCAGCUGUUUGCGCUGCACUUCCGCGGCUUGAGUUUCUACUUCCCGGUGGACAGCAAACUGCAACCCGGCUACGCCCACGGGCUGGGUUCGCUGCAUUUCCCCAGCGGUGCAUCGCCGAUCGUGUCCAAGAUGGCUCUCUAUUGCGGUGGAAGCGUCGCGGAUAGUCGGCCUCCGCCGCUGCCGUUGUCCUGCUACAACCAACAGCUGUAUCUGGAGUCGGCCUCUGUGCUGAGAAAUUCGGCCGGCACUCGGGGUAUCCGUUUGCAGCUGUACACGGAAGGAUCUCCCCGUGCAUUGGAACCCAGGAAGCAAUGCCUGACCCGGGAAGUGAUUUUCGGCGAUAGCUGCCAGGAUGUUGCUAGUAAUCUUGGUGCUCCCUCUAGAGUGUUCUUUAAAAGCGAAGAUAAGAUGAAGAUCCAUUCGCCGAGCGCUCACCGUCGUGUACAGUCGAAACGAAGCGAUUUCUUCUUCAACUAUUUCACGCUCGGAAUUGAUGUCCUAUUCGAUGCCAGGACGCAGCGUGCGAAGAAGAUCAUCUUGCACACAAACUAUCCGGGACAUUACAACUUCAAUAUGUAUCACCGGUGCGAAUUCAAUCUUCAGUUAGCGCCAGACAAGGUAACUGAAGACACCCCGCUGGAUUCGCCGGUCAACAUCUCGGCGUACUCCAAGUGGGACACCAUUUCGUCCCGGUUGGCUCCGGCCGAACGCCCGGUUGUGCUGCACCGGGCCGGUUCGACCAACACGGCCAACGUUUUCGGGUCGACCUUCUGCUACGGCUAUCAGGACAUCAUAUUCGAGGUAAUGCCCAACAACUAUAUCGCCUCGGUUACACUGUACCAUCCGGCGCCGUACUCGAACGAGUAUGCUUUCGGGAGCGGCAGCAGUGCUGCCAGCAGUGUUAGCAAUAGCACCCGCAAUUUGCUGCAGGACGGCAACAAAAGUAACAUCCGGGUCAGCGCAUGACCGGCCAUCAGCUUCAAUGAGCUGAUUCUUGAUGGACGGUAUCUGAGCUGUGUUAACUAGUUCUCGGAGCUGGCAUUCUUUCUAAAGACGUGCAUGGACACAAUAUUUCUUAGUGGGAUUACGUCGGAAGGUAUUUACUUCUCCUUCCGUUUAGCUGGUAAGUCCAAAUAUUUUUCUAUUUUAUUUCUAAGCUAGACACCAUCGAAUAAGACGCAGUAGUAGAUUGUUUCAAGUAGGGUAUUGGUUCGCACAUAUUGUAUGUGCAUUGCUCUUUCUCAUUUGAAACAAGAACCAUCGUAACUUAUUCAUAAUUCUUAAACAAAAUUAAGAAAAAAAAAGCAUAAAAAAAGUUUAAAAAGUAUUUAAUUUACUACCGCAUAUGCGGCAGUAGUGUACGAAAAAAAGUAUAAAUGUGAUUCAAAAUUCUUUUAUUUUUAAAAGAAGGCAAAAAUAGACUAAAUAAAACUCGUAGAAAAGCUCU